GCCCAUUACUUAACACGAACAUCUCGUGCAUCGAGUUUAGGCUUUGAGCCUUUUUAUUGUAUUCCAUCCCUAUAUCUUUUCAGACUUUGAAUCUUGUGCUUUCCCUCGCCUGUCUGCCAUCAUAAUCUCUGCAACACCAACUGUUCGUUAAAAUGCGCCAGAGAAACUCUACUGAGAACAGAGCGAAACCCGUUGUCGCAAUUCGCAGAUCUCCACGAUUUCUGAAGCCAAAUCAACCCGACUCAGAAUACCUGCAGACUCCGAAUCAUGUUCCAAACAAGAAACGGGUCCCUCUCUCGGAUCUCACACCUCUUAGCUCAAAUCCAAGCGGGAAUUCUUUAAAAAGAGGCCAACUUUCAGAUAAGGCGAAAGAAUCCAAUGUCCGGUGUAGAAGUUCCACGAAUGUGUGUAGCGAGCCCAGAAAAUUGACAGGAUUGAAUGGUGGAGUUGACAACUCUCGUGUUGUUCGACGGUCUCCUAGGUUUUCUCAGAAUGGCAAUGUUAAUAGGAUUGUUUCUGAUGAAUCUAAGCUGGAGCGCUCAUCUAAGGUGAGUAAGAUAGGUAAGCCAGUCUGCAUGAAUGCAAAAUCUGAGACAGAAAAGCGGGUGACCAGGAGUUCUUUAAGGAGGUGUAACAAUGGAGGUGUGAGGGGCAAUGGAAAGGGUUGUGAUGGAGUCACUUUGAAAUGCAUUUCUGAUAACGGAAAAGCUAAAGGGGAUGUUAAUUUGUCUGAGCAAUGCAUGUAUAAAAUUGAAAAGAGGGUUACAAGAAGUGCCACUCGAGGAAUUAAAGAUGAACACCGUGCAAGAACUGGUAACGCCGAGGGUAAUGAGUCCAUCCAGAAUAUUCCCUUUGGUUGUUUGUACAAAAAGGUCCUUUCAGUUGAUGGAGAAGAUAAACAUGGUGCAAACUUACCUAGAGAGCCUAUUAGUGAAAAUGCAACUACUAAUGUUCUGUCCACAGACUUAAUAGGAGGGGAAGGUCGGAGUGUUGGCUUUGAAGCUGAAAAAAAGCAGGUUCCUGCAAAAAGGAAGAAAAUCCAAGUUGAAGAAGAGCAUAGGAUGUUUCAGGGAUGGACAGCAGAGCAAGAACUAGCGCUGGAAAGAGCUUAUUUUGCAGCAAUGCCGACACCCCAUUUCUGGAAGAAAGUUGCCAAAAUGGUGCCUGGAAAAUCUGCCCAGGAAUGUUUUGACAAAAUCCAUUCUGAGCUUUUGACCCCAGCGCAACAACAACCACGAUCCAGGACAAAAGGAGUGAAUGCCUCCCUGUCACUCUCAGCAAGUAAAUUGCUAAAUGCUUCAGAAUCUGACACGAAGAAGUUGAGAUACAGCAAGCAGAAGAGUCGUGUUACACGUAGAACUGUCCGACAGCUACUACAUAAACAGUAUGCUGCAGAUCAACAUUAUGAAGUAGAUCUUUUCAAUGUUUUGGAGUCAACAUUGGAUCCAUCCACUCAAUGUGUUUCCACCCCUGAAUUGAAUAGAGAACGACUAGGAUUGGACAAAAGAUGCCAGGAAAUUUCUUCAUCAGCCCACGGAAAGCUUCUUUCGUUAUCAAAUGAUUCACGCCUUGCUAAUCUUAGGAACAAUUGA